AUGAGCACGAAAGCCACAAUCGCCCCAUUGGCGACAUUGACACCGGCAUCCAACACACGCACAUGGCUCUCGUCGCCGCAUCCGAACCUCCCCAUCGUCGCAACAGCAUGCAGUGACCGCAGCGUGCGCGUCUACUCGCUCAACUCCUUCAACCUCGUCAGCAACAUCACCGGUGGCCACAAACGCUCCAUUCGCAGUGUAGCCUGGAAGCCCGACAGCGGAACCUCUGCUACAGGCGAGAGCGUUCUCGCGACUGGCAGUUUCGAUGCCAGCGCCGGUAUCUGGAGACGCUGGGAGGGCAACAGCGGCAAAGUGAACAAGUCAGAAGACAACGAGGUUGACUUUACAAAAGAUGGAGGUGGCGAUGAGGACGACGAGUGGCGCUUUGCUGUCGUCCUCGAUGGUCACGAGUCGGAGAUCAAGAGUUUGGCUUUCAGUCCUACGUCGCCGUUGCUCGCUACCUGCAGUCGCGAUAAGAGUGUAUGGAUCUGGGAAGAGCUGGAAGACGACAAUUUUGAGACGGUCGCUGUCUUGCAAGAGCACGAGGGUGAUGUCAAGUGCGUGUGCUGGCAUCCGUCAGAAGAACUGCUCGCCUCGUCCAGCUACGACGACAACAUCAGACUCUGGAGGGAAGACAUCGACGACUGGGGCUGCUGUGCCGUGCUAGCAGGCCACAGCGGAACAGUCUGGUGGGUCGAGUUCGAGGGCGCCACAAAACAACAUCUCAAGCCCACCACAGAGCAACAGCAACGACUCCUCGAGCUCAGAGAAGCCGCCGGUCCACGCCUUGCCAGCUGUUCCGACGACCUCAGCAUCCGCAUCUGGCGCCGUAUUCCCAAGGACAGACCCAACGGUGCCCCUCAAACAGGCCCCAGAAUGCCCAGUAUCAUCAAAACAAACACCAUCGAGGAAGAAUGGGUCCCCGAAGCCGCUCUGCCUCAACAACACGAACGUGCAGUAUACUCAGUCUCUUGGAGCAAAACUACAGGUCUGCUAGUCAGCACAGGCAGCGAUGGCAAGAUUAUAGUCUAUAAAGAGCAGUGGGCAACUGACAAUGCUUCCACAACGAUAGAGACAACAGACGGACCCAAGGAAAUCGCAAAGACAGAAUGGGUUGCUAUCGCCGAGGUUGAGAAUGCUCACGACGUCUUUGAGAUCAACCACGUUAGCUGGGCAAAGAGGAGUGAUUCUGGCCGCCGCAGUGACGAUGAGGAAAUCAUCAUCAGUACCGGCGACGAUGGUGAGGUGCGAGUAUGGACCCUCGAGAACUUUUCAUGA